AUGGUUUCGCACAGCUCAUUCUCCGUGAUUGUACAUCCUCACCCAUCGCCUAAUCGAGGCGCCUGCGCGUAUGAGCUCGGAUAUCCGAACUCCAAAAACGCGCUGGUUUUCAUCGGCGGCCUUGGAGAUGGGCCUCACACGGUACCUUAUAUUAGGACCGUGGCCAAGCAUUUGGAAACUACAGGUAAAGAUCUUGAGUUUUCUGUUUUCGAGCUUCGAUUAAGGAGCUCAUUCAUUGGAUUUGGGACCUCGAGUUUAAGCAACGACGUGGAUGACAUCGCCGCUUUGGUGAAGUAUUUGAGGGGUUUGGGCCGAGAGAAAAUCGUCCUGUUUGGCCAUUCAACAGGCUGUCAAGAUUGUAUGGAGUACAGCAACUACGUCAAGCACGGCAACCCACCAGUCGAUGGCUUCAUCAUGCAGGGUCCAGUCUCGGAUCGUGAGGCGAUGGAUGGCAUUUUCCCCAGUGUUAAAGAAAGCAUCGAGUUAGCAGACACAUGGAUCGCCGCUGGCCGGGCUGGUGACUGUCUCCCCGGCGAUAAAGUCCCCACGGUUCUGGCUGCACCAAUCUCCGCUUAUCGCUUGAAGUCGCUUGUAGCAAAAGGCGGAGAUGAUGACUACUUUUCGUCUGACUUGGACGAUGCGACUGUGGCCAAGUUUUGGAGCCGGUUCAAUAAACCGGUGCUGGUAUUGCACUCGGGCCAAGACGAAUUUGUUCCAGACCACGUGAACCAGGAGGCUCAGAAUCAGAGAUACCAAAAAGCAAGUCCUUUUGUUAGCUCAUUGUCAGGACUCAUACCGGAUGCUGGGCAUACUGUCAAGGAAGAGGCUGCGAGAGAGUGGCUAGGCGAGAGAGUGGUCGGCUUUUUGCGGACGCUUGGGAACUGA